AAUGACAUUUGUUCUUGCCGGCAGCAAGCCCAGCCAGCUGGCAGGGGCCCCUCUGCAAUAAAAUAUUAAUAAUAAUGAAAAAAACAGGCUUUUUAUCAUCUGAGGUAUUUGUAGCAGAUUCUCUGAGUAACUUUCUUCACUCCCUUAUUCAUUCAUGUUGUGUGGAAUAUAUUGGAUUCCAUCUUCUCACAGCCCUGUGGGGAGACAUUGUGAUGGCUUCCCUCCAGCGAGCCUUGGCAGUCUCCAGCUUUACACUGUUACUUGAUUAAGGAUUUGGCGUGGAAGCUAAGUCAUCAUCACAGAAGUCAUGACAAGAGGUGGCUGCUGGCCCCAUAGGAUCAUGCUCUCCCUCAUACUUUUGACUUGGACACAUGUUACUUUUUCAGCACUUAUCAGAACACAUAACUUUGCUAGAUGGCCUAAGCCCCCAUGCGCAAUGUAUUAUCCAAUAGACCCUGAUUAUGAAGCAAACUGUCCAGAUGUGAAAGCAUAUGUUUGUGCUACCAAUGGCUUGACCUACAAGAAUGAGUGCUUCUUUUGCAUUGAUCGGUGGGAGUUUGGACCUCAUAUCAUCUUUGUCAAAUAUGGAAAGUGUGAAUAGUGGUUAACGGAACAUUACUUCAUUCUGGGAUUUAUUUCUUUAGGAAUUUGGGAGUUUUAAUUUACCAAUUUUAUGCAUCCCUGUGCCAUACCCAAAUUUCAAGCCAAAUGGAAAACAAAGGAAUCAAAAGAUGAGAAAAAGGUCAUAUUUGUUGCAAAUAAACAU